AUGCUGGAAUUCGCCGAGGAGCUGGAAACGGAGCAGAUCUACCAGUGGGAGGAGGACGAGCGCUACUACGACCUCAUCGCAGCUAGGAAGGUGGAGGACAGUCUGAGGGAGACCGAGCGCUCGUUGCUGGUUACACCCAACUGGGAAGGCGAUGACGUAAAGGAGGAGCAAGCGGCCGCGGACGAGAUCAACGAGCAAGACGAGGCGAGUAGGCUGUGGGCGAUCCGGAUUGCAGCGAUGCAGCAGGAGCUGGAGGAAGAGCAGAUGCAGGAAGGAACAGAGAGCGAUCAUAUCGGCGACCACCGGGAGUCUUUUUCUGAGAAGAACGACAACCAGUAUCACGAGGUGCUGGACAGCGAGUUUCUGAAGCGACCGUACAGGAUCCUGCAGCACGAUACGCACCGGGAGAUGCUGAUGACGCUGCACAACCUUGUGCAGGGGAUCAAGAAGAGCGCCAAGAUAGCGCGAGCGGAAACAACGUCGGAGAUGAAGGACGUUAAGGAGCUGAGCGAAGUCCACGAGUUCAAUGUCCGAAGCCAGUCUGGAGGAGGAGCAGUGCAGCUUGUGAGAUCCUAUGCUCCGAAGUCUUUCUCGCGCAUCCGAACGGUUCUGGGCCUCGGUUAUGAAUCAUUUGCACGCACGCUGGACGACACGGAGGUUUUCUUUCAGUCGGGACAUUUCUUCUUUUCCAAUCGCUCCUCCCUCCUCUUCCAGAUGAUCGACGAGGAGACGGUCAAGCUCAUCCUGAGCUUGACCAAGUCCUACUCGGACUAUGUGCAUCACAAUGCCCUGACCAUCCUCCCGCACUGGUAUGGUCUAUUCCGCGUGUCUCGGUCGGGGAUGAAGACUUUCUACUUCCUCCUCACCUCCAACAUCUUCUACACCGUCGACAAGAUCGAUGUCUUGUAUGACAUCCGAGGAGUUGCGGAUACCUCGCUCAACUUCGAGCAUCGUUGCGGGCACCACUACGUCUUCCCUCUCGGCACGCGGGAGGAUUGUGACGCCAUCAAGGACGUCUGGAAGGUUGCGGUGGACCAGCACAAGGACAAGCUGUUCGACGACAACGCCCUCCUCAACAAGAUGAGAAACUCUGUCGACCUGUUCCAGUCCUCUCCCCUCAUCCUCCAUCCCUCCGAGAGGGCCGAGCUCCUUGAGACGCUGCGACGGGACACGCUUUGGCUCGACUCGCACCAGCUGUACGACUACUCGAUCCUCAUCGGUGCCCACCACUGCUCUCCCUUCGACAAGCACGCACUGCAGAACAUGGAGACGGGGCUAGGGAACAAGUUCGGAGGGCUGAGCGUGUACGAAGACUCCUUCCGCGUGCAGAUCGUCGGGCCGUUCAGGAGGUGGACGCUGGCGGACAACGUCAAGGGCGUCGGAGCUUCUCUGUACUCCUCGUCCUCCGCCGUCCAGCCUGCUGCUUACUCGCGGAGGCUGAGGGAGAGAAUGUUUGAGUGUUUGCUUGAGUUCGACAAGCACAUCAACUUCGACCACUUCUGCAUGCUGAAGACCGAGCUGUUCAAGGACAUAAUAAAAAAGAGCAGGCAGAAGCAUCUCCCGGCCGAGCGCAAGGUGAAGAAGACCGGUUCCCUGAUGCGUGCUGCCAAGGCCAUGAGCCGUAUCGGCUCUCUGUUCAGCGGGAAGCAGCAGACGAUGAGGAAAGCGAAGGAUGGACAGACGCAGGAGCAGGAGCAAGAGCAGCAGGAGGAUCCCCCUGCUCACAGGAGGCUCAGCAGGAAGAUGGUGAGACUUUCCCUGAAAGGGGAGGAGGGCAUGGAGGGAGAGAGCAUGAGCAAGCCAAGGGUCUCCCUGGGAGACCUGAAGCCUGGCCUUGGGCUCAUGCUGGGGACCUCCAAGGACGGGCGGGUGAUGGUUACAAACUGCCUGCCAGGGCGAUCAGCGUACAGGAGCGGGAAGAUCAUGAAAGGGGAUCUGUUGACGUGGGUAGGGAGGCCGGGGGAAGACGAGUGGAGCUGGACGGACGUGUCGAGGAAAACGAGCACGGAAGUAGCAGCGCUGCUGGUUGGCAAGGAAGGCGACAUCAUCUGCCUAAGGCUGAGGAGGACGGCGGAGGACGGGCAGGUGAAGGGGGUGGACUUCGAGGUGAUCCUCGAGUUCCUCCCUUCCGAGAACGUCCUGCACUUCCGCAAGAACAGGACCCAGGAGGAGAAGGCGCUGGCGAUGACGGAAAUAGCUGGGCACCUGCUGAAGGCGCUGCAGUCCCGCCAGCCUGACGACACCGACCCGCUCAUCUACGGUGCUGCUCUCCCCGUGCUGGAGAACUUGGACGAGCUGUGGGAGGAUCCGGAGGACGGGAAGGUUCACAGCAUCGAGGAGCUGGUGGAGAGGUGUGUUGAAGGAAGCUACCUCCUCUACCGCAGCGCCGAGCUCCCGCGGGAGGACGAGGACUUCUUGCCUGUGGGGGUCGUGUACAACAUGAAUGGGGUGGCGGUCCAGAACCUGGUUCACGUGGUGAACGUGGGGGAGGGAGCGGCGAGGGGGAGGGAGGUGUGGCUGAAUGUGAGAAACUGGAUCACUAUCAACCGGGCGCCUUGGAUGACGAGUCCCGAUCGCCUGAAAGAGAACAACGAGAUCUUUCCGAGCUUCGUGCAGCUGGUGGAGGCCUUGGAUGAGCUGAAGAAAUUGAUUGACCUCUCUGACCCUCCUCUGAAGAAGAUCGAAGUGGUCAAGACGCUCUACGAUGUUUGGAUGGAGAAACAGGGGAAGAAGCAUGCGCAGAAGCUUCAUAGGGAUCACGACCGACUCGUUCCUAUUCAUCCCCGAGCUCGAAACAUUCGGCAGGAAGACAAGACCAACAUUGACCUGAGUGGAGCUGUGUUGAGUGGAAUUGUCAAGCCCAACGAAGUCCUCAAUCACAUGUCAGCCUAUUAUCCCAUCGAGAUGGGCAAGGUCAUUGAUAAGAUCGCGACAACACUUCAUCAAGACAUCUCAGUCUUCACCAUGCAAGAGGCUGUCGCAGAGCUGCUGCAGAAGAAGGGGCUAACAGAAGUCAAGUCUGAUCUUUUCAUGCUCAAGUCUGGAACGACGGGCGAGAAGGUGGAUGACUGGAGGAAGAGAAUGUUUGUGAUGAGAGAAAACUUCCUCUGCUUCAACUCGGAGAAGCAGGAGGGUGUUCUGAAGAGAGUCGCGGAUAUCAAGGGAGUGACCGACUGUGAGGUCAAGACCAUGGGCCCCUUCAGCUUUGGGAUCAUCCUAUACCGCGUCAAUGAAGGAAUCGUCGAGUUCGUCAUCAAGAUCGCAACCGACGACGAGAGCGACUUCCGCAUGUGGCUGAUGAGCAUGGCGACAGUCUCGGAGGCCGUCUCACGGGCGUACCUCAGGGCGUUUCCAGCAGAGGACAUACAGAUGUAG